UAAAAGAUUUGGGUGGUAAUCGAGUACUAAGUGAUUUGACGUUUGAUUUACGUUGCCGUGUAGUUGUAGCUGUUGUCCACGCGUCAAUCUCAAAGCGGUGGAGAACCGGCCACGUCAACUCCCGCCACAGCUCAAAUUUAAUUACCGGAAAUAUCCUCCGAAUGUCCUGGUCCCAUCUCGUUCCCGCCAUGGACAGACGGGCGGCACUGGAUAUUUGUAUCAGUCCGAGGGAAGGGUAGGAUAGUAAUUAAAGUUUUUGUUUUGUGACGGUCGGUUUGUCUACCUCUUUAGUUUGCCCCAAAAAGCUGCCGCUGCCGGUUCGCUCUGCAACUCUCGCUUCAGUUUUUUAUUUACUCUUGGAUUCAUAAUCCCUAACACCGCCUUUGCUAGUUUGGGUUUCCCAUUUCUCAGUCAAAACCCUGGUUCCCAGGGUUCUUUGUCUUCUUCUUCGUGUUGUACUGUGUCUAAUCACCCCCAAAGAAUGGCCCCGCGGACGAGACGAAACGCGUUCCCUAAAGUGGUGAUCGAGAGAGACUCGGAGUCGGAGCAGAGCUCAUCCUCCUCCGAUGACGACGACGACAAUGGAGAAGAGCCGCUAUCAGACUCGGAAGGAGAAGAAGUAGUGGCGGCGGCGGCGGCGGGGAGUGGGAAGGAAGAGAAAAUGGAGGAGGAAGAUGCAGCUGUUAAGAAGAAAGGAAAGGCACCCAUUACCAUUAGUCUGAAGAAAGUGUGCAAAGUUUGCAAGAAGCCGGGUCAUGAAGCAGGGUUUAAAGGAGCCACGUACGUUGAUUGCCCGAUGAAACCCUGUUUCCUCUGUAAAAUGCCUGGGCAUACUACAAUGUCUUGCCCGCAUAGGGUGGCCACUGAGCAUGGAGUCAUUCCAGCACCCCUUAGAAGUACCCAUAGCCCGUUGGAAUAUGUUUUCCAGCGCCAGCUCAGGCCAAAGAUUCCUCCUAUUAAGCCUGCACAUGUUAUACCAAAUCAAGUAUGUUGUGCAGUUAUCAGAUAUCAUAGCAGGCGGGUGACAUGUUUGGAGUUUCAUCCUACCAAAAACAAUAUUCUUUUAUCAGGGGACAAGAAAGGACAAGUUGGAAUCUGGGACUUUGAGAAGGUGCAUGAGAAGAUGGUGUAUGGAAAUAUACACACUUGCAUUGUCAAUAACAUGAGGUUCAAUCCUGUGAAUGAUGGUACUAUAUACGCUGCAUCCUCUGAUGGAACCAUAAGCUGCAUUGACUUGGAGACUGGUCUUUCAUCAUCUCUGAUGAACCUCAACCCGGAUGGUUGGCAGGGUCCCAACACUUGGAGAAUGCUUUAUGGCAUGGAUAUCAACUCAGAGAAAAGUGUUGUGCUUGUUGCUGAUAACUUUGGUUUUCUGUAUAUGGUUGAUACACGGUCGAACCACAAAACUGGGGAUGCCAUUAUGGUCCACAAAAAGGGCAGCAAAGUAGUUGGCCUGCAUUGCAAUCCUGUUCACCCAGAGCUUCUUUUGAGCUGUGGCAAUGAUCAUUUUGCUCGCAUAUGGGACAUGCGUAGACUAGAAGCUAGAUCUGCUCUUCAUGAGCUUCCGCACAAGCGAGUGGUCAAUUCUGCAUAUUUCUCCCCUCUCACUGGCUGCAAAAUUCUGACCACUGCACAAGACAACCGCCUUCGUGUGUGGGACUCCAUCUUUGGAGACCUCGACUCUCCAAGCCGAGAAAUUGUGCACAGCCAUGACUUCAACAGGCACCUCACUCCAUUUCGAGGAGAGUGGGAUCCAAAGGAUCCAUCCGAGUCCCUUGCAGUUAUUGGUCGUUAUAUAAGCGAGAAUUUCAAUGGCGCUGCUCUGCAUCCCAUUGAUUUUAUAGACACCAGUAAUGGACAGCUAGUUGCUGAGGUGAUGGAUCCAAAUAUCACUACAAUUACUCCGGUGAACAAGCUGCAUCCCCGGGAUGAUGUCCUGGCUUCUGGUAGUUCAAGGUCUCUAUUCAUCUGGAGGCCGAAUUGGACUUCCGAAGCUGAAGAACAGAAGGAUGAGAGGAGGAUUGUCAUUUGUGGGAACGCCGAGAAAACACGCAAGAAGGGAUUCGGAGACGACAGUGAUGAUGAUGACAUGGAUGGUGGGUUCAAAUCUAAGGGCAAGAAGACCAAGAGCCUAAAGCUCGAAGUCCGUGAAUCAAAAUCUGCCCUCGUAAUAGCAAAGGCAAACGGUGAAACUUGAUAAACUUCACAUUAACGUAGCAGACCAUAGUAAAACGGUGUAGAUUCUACUAAUGGCCUGGAGAAAUUUUGGGUCCUGGAUGUAUAGAUGGGCAAGCCUUGUGCGGAUAACAGAAAGGUUUAGCUUUUUGCAUUGAUUUUGAGCCUCUUUGUCUUGGAUGGAAGUGGCGGCCCUAUGUGGAUAUCCUGUAAAAUUGAUAUAGUUAGAGGUCAUUUAAGCCUU